AUGCCUGAAGCGUACCACGCCCACCCGGACUACGGCUACGACCGCGACUUCAAGGGGUACGGCGAAGGGGGCAUCGCCUGCCCGUGGCCCAACGAUGCCAAAAUCGCCGUCUCGUUUGUUAUUAACUAUGAAGAGGGCGGCGAACGCUCCGUCCUCGCCGGCGACGGCGUGUCCGAGACGAACCUGCGCGAGAACCCCAUGGGCCCGGCCAAGACCAACGAGCGCAACUACAACGUCGAGUCCGAGUACGAGUACGGGUCGCGGGCGGGCUUCUGGCGCCUCUUCCGCCUCUUCAACUCGCGGCGCAUGAAGUUCACCCUCUACGCCGUCGCGCAGGCCGUCGAGCAGCAGCCCGAGGUCGCCGCGCGGUGCGUCGAGGAAGGGCACGACGUGGCCUCGCACGCCUACCGCUGGAUCGACUACCACGACGUGCCCGUCGAGGCCGAGAAGGAGUACAUCCGCAAGUGCGUCGCCUCGCUCAAGUCGCUGACGGGCUACGCGCCGCGCGGGUGGUACUACGGGCGCAACUCGCCGCACUCGCGCACGCUGGUGCCGCAGGUCUACGAGGAGCUGGGCGAGCAGCUCGUCUGGGCGAGCGACACGUACGCCGACGACGUGCCGUACUGGAUCGACCUGCCGCUCGAGCGGGACCGCGAGGACCCCAAGGGCUGCCUGAUGGUGCCCUACAGCUACGACUGCAACGACUUCAAGUUCCACACGGCCGGCUCCGGCUUCCGCGACCCCAUGGGCUUCUACACGCACCUGAAGAACGCCUUUGACGUGCUGUACGAGGAGGGGCAGGAGGGCACGCCCAAGAUGAUGACCAUCGGCCUGCACUGCCGCAUCGUCGGGCGGCCGGGGCGGCUGGGCGCGUUGCGGGACUUUGUGGACUACAUCGCGCAGAAGGAGGGCGUCUGGGUCGCGACGAGGACCGAGAUCGCCGAGGCGUUCAAGGCCAAGUAUCCGUACAAGAAGGGGCAGUUGGCGUGA